AUGGGCCAGGCCAACUCCAGAGCCUCUGCCGCGCCUCCGUCCGAGCCGCCGCGCACCCACGGCCGCCGCCCUCUCCGCCCUCUCCGCCCUCUCCGUCCUCUCCGUCCAGCCUCGUGGGCCCCGUCGCUGCUGAGCCGCGCGGUGCAGGCAGACGACGCCGACGACAGCAGCAACGCGCGCCAGCAGCUGCACGCCUCGUUGCCCUCGCCCGCCUCGUCGCCCUCGCCCGCCUCGUCGCCCUCGCCCGCAUCUUUGCCCUCGCCCUCGCCCUCGCCCUCGCCCGCCUCUCGCCGCCUGUCCCAGCGCAUCAACCCCUCGCUCGGCGCCAUCGGCGGCCUCCUGCACAGCCGCCCGGCGGUCAGCCACCACAGCACCGCGCCCACCGCGCCCACCGCGCCCACCGCGCCCACGCUCAGCCUGGCAGCCGCACCGCCCAGCACCCCGAGACCGCGGUCCGCCCUGAGGCAGACGCAGAGCGAGCGCGGCCCCUCGCUGCCCCACGUCCCCUCCAUCGCCGACCUCGACCUCGGCCUCGACCUCGACUUCGACAGCCUGCUGGGCAACGCCGCCAGCAGAGACGGCCCCGACGCGAGCAGGCCGCGCCCGCCCGCCACCCCGAGCUCCCUCCGACGAGAUGGCCGGCCCCUGUCGAUGCUGCCCCGUCUGCGCAACACACUGGGCUCUUCGCGCAGGCGGCGCUCCCUCUGGCACGACGACGACAACAUGGACAGCAUCGAGCGCCUGCGGAGAGGCGAGGACCAGGCAGACGUCCUGUCUCGCCUGCUGUCGCUCGCAGCUGCCGCCACCGCCGCCUCCCUCGUCGGCGAAGACCACCAGGCGGCAACGCGCGACGGCACCUUCGACACCUUCCUGCAGUCGCUGCAGAACGGCAGCAUCGCCUCCGCCCUGAGGGGCAACCAAGGCGGCCAAGGCGGCGACGGCGACGGCGGCGACACCCCAGGAGGCACGCCCGCCCCGCUCAACUUCUUCCGCAUGUUCAGAUUCGGCACGUCCAGUGCCACCGCCGCCGACGGCAGAGAGCGAGGUCGUGGGACCGGCUCGGGGUCAGACGCUCACGACGGCCACGACGACAGCGAGGGCCGCAUGGUGCCCAUCAUCAUCGUCGGCAUACGCUCCAUCAACCCGGCUUCUGCCGCCGGCCAGGACGACGGCAACAUCCCGCCCUUCCUCGACGCCCUCUCCAGCUUCCCCACGCCCCCGACAGCGCCCGGCGACCACGACACGGUACUCCGACCGCAAAACGGCACACGCUUCAGCCACCGCCGACGUGCGUCCAUGGGUGGCUUCAACUUCCCCUCCAACUACGACAGCCAGAGACACACGCGCACGCGCCCGCACGAACAGCCUCGCCCCUUCUCGCCCUCCCUCGCCGACUCGCCCCCAGGCCCGCAGCCUCCACCCUCUACCCCGGCGACAACCGCUGCACGGUCCGCCGAUCCCUCGGGCUCCACUACGCCCACGGCAGCAACCACGCCGCCGUCCUCCACCCCGCACUCCAACUCGAACCCACCCUCGCGCCGAGGCAGCUUCGCACGCAGAUCGCCUGGCUCGACACUCGAAACAACCGAGGAGGAAGACUCGCAGACGACGACGCGAAGCCCCCGCCAGCGCCGCCUGAGCGAGUCGGACUUUACAAGAUACGGCUCGGGCGCGCCCCGAAGAAGGGGCGUCGUCGAGCCGGACAACAACCCUGGCGAGGGCUCGAGAAGCUGGAUCAUCUACGUCCUGGGCGGUAGCUACCCUGAGAACCAUCCCAUCCUCACCACCCCAAGCUUGUUUACCGACUCGCCGACCUACGAGGACAUGAUGCUGCUGUCCUCCAUCCUGGGCCCUGCCAAAGCACCCGUGGCCAGCGAGGGCGACGUAGCGGCCGCGCCUGGCCUGUUCAAGAUCGUCCGCAACCUGUCCGCUCUCGUGGCCGAGGAGGUCGAGGGCAACGAGACCAUGGAACUCGCACGCGAUGCACGCUGUCUGGUGUGUCUCUGCGACUUUGAGCCAGACGAAGAGGCAAGGAAGCUAGUCAAGUGCGAGCACCUGUUCCACAAGAUCUGCAUUGACCAGUGGUUGACAACCGGCCGCAACUCCUGUCCGCUCUGCAGAGGCCAGGGUGUUGACGAGACGCCAUCGCCCGACCUCCCCGAUGCCCCUCUGCCGCCGCCGUCUAUGCCAGCGCCAGCGGAAGCUAUGGCCUAA